CGGUCUAUAUUUAACCCCCCCCUCCCUGUGUCACACAUACUCCACAUAUCGAAGCGGCACAGAGACGAUGAGCAGGAUGGAGGAGGAAGCCCCGCCCCCACGCUCAGUGUUUGAGCUUGCCAAAAAGUUCAAGGACUCGUCUGCUGCUCAGAACAUCAACGCAGAGAAGGAACCUGUGAAGCCGGUCAGACGACGACCGCCUCAAACCUUAAAGAUUCCCAAAGCUUCAGGAGACGAGCAGUCUCAGCCCCCUCCAGGCCUCCCUUCUCCUCAGUCCUCCAAACCAAAGAGGAACUCGGCUUUGAUCGAAAAACUGCAGGCCAACCUCACUCUCUCUCCGACGGGCCCCCCUCUGAAGAGUCCGGGCAUCAGGGCCACACCUCUCACCUUCACUCCGCCCUCACCUGCUUCUGCGCUGGUCUCCACGGUAACCACAGUGUCCCUGGGAAGCCCCACCAGCCCUUUAUCCUCUCCAGUGAUUGAAGAAGAAGGCCCCGUCUCCUUUGAAGCCCCUCCCUCUGCUGCAGAGGGAGCCAUCCUAACGAGCAUUAACAAGGCCAGAGCUCGAGUUUCCAUCCGCCGCCGUCCUCCGUCCCGUCGCAACAGGAAGUCCAGCAGUGGAGACGAGGCCUGCAUCAACCACAACACCUCAGACUCAACGCCAAACCCCCGCAGUGAGGAAGAGGAGAGAGCAACAGAACAGGAAGGAGGAGGAGAGGAGCCGCCAAAGGAAGAUCAGAUAGAAAGUCCUCCUCAGCAGGAAGACAUCCAUGAAGAGGAGAUGAAGAGCAGUGUGGAAGAAGGAGCAGAAGAAAGAGCAGAGGAAGAAGAGCCUCCUUCAUCCUCCUUAAAGGUAGAAGAGGAGAAAAGCAAAGAAAACCAGGAAGAAGAUUCAGCUGAAAGAGAACCUGGAAAAGAUGAAAAAGAAGAGUAAAGGGAGGUUUGAUACCUGUAAACAAACAACAAUGACUGUAAACAGCAAACAACACAAAGAGGAAGAACAAACACACAGAGAAUGUCUGGCCUGAAAAGGAAAAUUCUGUUCUAUUGGAUUCAGGGAAGCUUCAAAGUUUCUCCAGACUCAGCUCAGUGCACUGAUCUUUGCUCAAACCGAUUUGGAGUCCAAAAGUUCGGUGCUUUUGUUUCAAGCCUCUGGGAGGACGUCCUGCAGCGAUGAGGCCGAUGAGGCCUGCAGGACAGGGCAGGUACUUCUUCAUCGCUUUGGUUCUAGAGUUCCUAACUUUAGAUCAGAAACAAGCUGAUGAGCAGAGCUCUGCUCAUCCACCGGAAACAAUGAUGUGUGCAACUUUUUUUAAGUUUGAUGCUUUUAGAGUUCUGAGAGAUGAUGAUGAUGAUGAUGGUGAUGAUGAUGAUGAUGAUGAUGAUGAUGAUGAAGAUGAAGAUGAUGAAGAUGAUGAUGAUUAUCUCAUUAGAUUAUCUCAUUAGAUAUACUGAAAAGUUUCAGGUUCAAACUGGCUGGUGUCAGGUGUCAGUCCAACAUGAAAACCUGAAGUUUUAUUUUGAAAGUCCGAUAAUAAAUGUUUCUAAUAAAAGUGA